GGGGAAGCAGGUGCAGCCAGGUACCGUGAGUGGACCUUUCGCCACUACAGCGAUGCCGGGCAAGGGUGGCGUGCUGGUUGGCGCCUCCGCGAGCGCUUCUUCUACUGCGGCCUUUGUUGCGCAACCGCAGCAGCUUCUCACGACCCUUCCCGGAACUGCUAGCGCAAGUAGUGGAUCCGCUAGCUUUCCGCCUGGAGGAGCACUUUCUGUGCCUCUGGUUCCUGCACCAAGCAAUGGGCAGCAGCGGACGCAGGUUGUCGCGGCAGGGACAUUUCCGGGCGACUUGGCGACAGCUAGUAGAACAGGACUGGCUUUAUCGCCGCAGCAUCAGGAUCAGCAAGGCCGACCAGCAGCACCGCAGCUUGUUCCCAUUGCAACUUCGGGUUCGAAAGACGGACAGCCUGCCGCAAUGAAAAGUCAAUCACCUCCGGAAAGAGCCCCAGAAGAGCAAGAACUCGAACAAGGCCCGGCGCAGCAGCUUUGGCAACCCCUGGAUGCCCCCCCUCCCACGACCAGCGUCUCGCCUCCGUCUCUUUUGGGCAAAAAUACACACGGCCGAGCAGUGGUAUCUCCCGACGACGAGGAUGGAAGUGUUAGUCCGGACCUGAAGAGGCAAAAAACUUCCCCGCUAUCUGCCGGCGCAGGAGCAGGACCUGAAGCUGGAGGAGCUUCGGCCUCAUCCUCUUCUUCUUUGGGACAAAAUCUGCAAGAACCACUUUUUGCAGCGGGCAACAGCACCGCUUCUGAGGCGCGGGCUGCCCCCGCCUCCGGCAGCAGCAGUGCCAAAAUCUUUCCUCCGGAAGAACACGCUCUUCCGCAACAGGAAAAAACAUCUUUGAAGCGUGGUACUACCGAGGAUCCAGAUCAGUCAGAUGAAGAUGGUGAUGAAGUAGAUGAGGCUGAGGACGAUGAAGAACUCGAUGAAAUGGAGCUGCCGGGCCACCAGCAGCACCUGCAGCUGAAGGGCGGCAAGGCCGUGCACCAUAAUUCUGUUUUGGACGAUUUGGUGCAGCUGUCGCAGUUUUUCGACCAUGUUUGCCGAAAACUCGAGGACGAGCUGCCGCCCAGGUUGGGCAAGGACGACGAGAAGCACAAGAAAAAUGUGCGAGAGAUCGCGCGGCUAAUGAACCACUUGCAAAAGUACGAGCACCCGAGCACGAAGAGGAAAAAAGAGAGGCAAUUGAUGAAACUACAGCAGUUGCGCGAUGAACUACAGGAGUUGACAGAGGCAGUGGAGUUCCCACCAGAAGGGGAUGCUGGCGGUCUUCAAGAUGAAGUGGAUCUUAGUGUUAGAAAAGACGCUGACACGACGACCGCAGCUGCUUCUCGCAGUACCAUGACCACAGAGCUCGAGGAAGUAGGUCGACCGCUAAGAAGACGAGAGCAGAAUGAGGAGAUACUAGUACCCUCUUCGUCUUCAUCAGGCGCAGCACAUCAGCUUGCGAAGCAGCCUGUCACUCUGGACUACGAGGAUGUUGAAGAUGCCGAAGAACAACAGAACCGGCCGCCAAAAGGUAAGGAAGUCGCAGCAGAACCAGAAGGUGUGGCCGACGAGCUGGAUGAGUUGGAUUUUCUCGCGGACGGGCUGCUACAAGAAGAUGCUGAUUCCGAAAAAGACGAACAGCUUGACGACCUCGAUGACCUUGAUCUCCUCGCGGACGAUCUGAACAAGCCAGAAGGUGGUGAUCAACAUGAUGAUGAGAGCCAAGAUGAGCAGGAGCUUGACGACUUAGACCUCCUCGCUGAUAGUGUUAACAACAGUACCGGAGAGCUGCUAGGUAAAGAUCAUGACGUUGAACACGAUGACCUUGUUGAGCCAGAGGGUAAGAAUGAAGAACAAGACGACCUCGAUGAUCUAGAUGCGCUAGCGGACGAGGUAAAACAUCCCAUGACGAAGGAGGAGGAAGAAGAGCUUGACGAACUCGACGAACUCGACGCCCUGGCCGACAAUCUCCGCACCCGUUCGGUCGUGGCAAAAAACGUCGUUCUGGCGACGGCAGCGAUGGACGUACAAGAGGAAGAGUGCGAACAGGACCUGGGUCUUUCCAGCGACGAAGGAGAAGCCGAAGCAGAAGUGAGAGGCACAGCGUCUUCUUCACGAGCGCGCUUGGAACGUCUUGCAAAUCGCGACGAUUUUCUGGAAAGCAGUCCGGACGAAGAGGACAUAACAGCAACGCAAAAUAAACAUCCGAGUAUGAAAAGAUACCCCGCAUUUGCUUCUGGAGCUGCUAGUAGUCGCGCGGAUCCGCAUCCUUCAGAAGAUGCCAGAAGACCAGAGGACGAAGAGCCUCUGUCCGAUUCUGACCUCGCCAAUUGGCUCCCCGAGUCCGCGCUGCGGGGUUUUCGCAAAGGCAACAGCAUCGACUACUUCUGGAGCAAGGUGCGGGAAGGGUUAACAGACCUGAACAAGAAGAAAGAAGACCAGACCUACGCACACGACGAAUUUUUGGACAUUUUUCAGAAGCGAUCGGAAGUGCUGAAGCGGGAAAACGCCAUUGCCGCGGCAAGGGAAAAAGAAAAGAAGACACGCGAAGUCGCGGAGCGAAGGGCGCAGAUGCGAGAGGCGCUAGCAAAAUCCGGCUCGAACAUGGCAGACAACAGAGCAGCCUUGUUGCGAAUGGUCAAGGGUGUGAAAAAGGCCGACCUUCUCAGAAUGUAACAAAAUAAACUUGAAAUAUGUAGAUGUGAAGUUGUACUGUGACACAUGAAGUGCAUUUUUUUACACUGGCGCAUGAAAAUUUUUUUAACGAAAAUCGUCU